AAAAUAAUAAUAUAUGGUGUUUAUGUGAUUUUUUCCCUUAUAUUAUAUAUGAUAGUAUAUUGUACCAUUAAAAUUUCUUCUCUUUUCUUUUUUAUUAAAGAAGUACCUUUAUUUUAUUUUAUUUUAUUUUUUCCCACCAGUGUCUGUUACAUUUCUUUGCCUUCACUUUCUCUCUAGAGUUCUAUAUAAAAUGUUUUUCGUAACUUAAUUAUAUCUUUAAAGAAACAAAGUCGGCAAAAAGGGUGGUUAUGUUCAAAUUUAACUUACAACAGUUGGAUUUUGUGCAUAAAACCUUUAAUCGAUACAAGCACAUAGAAUUGAUUCAUAAUGUUCAUAGCACUGCGAAUUCUAUUGAUAUUGCACUUCCGAACUUUGUAUUGAAUCAGCAUCUGAACGCCUUAUCGAAAUCGGCCCGAACUGAUGAAGCCCGCCAACUGUUUGACAAAAUGCUCAACAGGGAUGAGUUUACGUGGAAUACAAUGAUUGCUGCUUAUGCAAAUUCAGGAAGAUUACCUGAAGCUAGAAAGCUUUUUGAUGAGACCCCGAAGAGGGAUUCUAUCACUUGGUCAUCACUCGUUUCUGGGUAUUGUCGACGUGGGUGUGAAGUCGAAGCAUUGAGUUUGUUUUACCAAAUGCAGUUCGAGGGGCAAAAGCCAAGUCAGUACACAUUGAGCAGUGUUCUUAGAAUGUGCUCGGCUAAUGGGUUGCUCUUGAGAGGGGAGCAAAUUCAUGCUCAUGCGAUAAAGACCCGUUUGGAUUCAGAUGUUUUUGUUAAUACUGCUCUUGUUGACAUGUAUGCAAAGUGUAAGUGCAUUUCAGAAGCUGAGUAUCUCUUUGAAAUGACGCCAGAUAAGAAAAAUCAUGUUAUGUGGAGUGCCAUGGUUACUGGGUACUCUCAAAAUCGCGAUGGUGCCAGAGCGAUUAAGUGUUUUCGUGCUAUGCGAGCUGAAGGGGUUGAGUUGAAUCAGUUUACUUUUCCAAGUGUGUUGACAGCUUGUGCUGCAAUUUCAGCAAGUGGUUUUGGGGCGCAGGUGCAUUGUUGCAUAAUUCGGACUGGUUUUGCGGCUAAUGUGUUUGUUGAAAGUGCUUUAGUUGAUAUGUAUGCAAAAUGCGGAGACUUGAAGAGUGCUAAGAGGGCAUUAGAGACUAUGGAUGUUGAAGAUGCAAUCUCUUGGAAUUCCAUGAUAGUUGGGUAUGUGAGGCAGGAUUUCGAAGAGGAAGCAUUACUGUUAUUCAGAAAAAUGCAUGUGAGAGGUAUGAUGAUUGAUGAUUUCACAUACCCUUCUGUUCUAAAUUGUUUUGCUUUCCUAAAGGACAUGAAAAAUGCGAAAUCUGUCCAUUCUUUAAUUGUCAAAACUGGAUUUGAGGAUUACAAACUUGUUAGUAAUGCCCUUGUGGACAUGUAUGCAAAGUUGGGAGACUUGGGUUCUGCUUUUCAGGUGUUCAAUAGUAUGCUAGACAGGGAUGUGAUUUCAUGGACCUCUCUGGUCACUGGUUAUGCACACAAUGAGUCCUAUAUAGAAGCUCUAAAGUUGUUUUGUGAAAUGAGAAUUGAAGGGAUCGAUCCUGACCAAAUUGUCACUGCCAGCGUUUUAAGUGCCUGUGCAGAACUGACAAUUCUGGAAUUUGGACAACAAGUUCAUGCAAAUUUUAUUAAAUCUGGCCUUCAGUCAUCCUCGUCAGUCAAUAAUUCCCUUGUAACAAUGUAUGCCAAAUGUGGGUGCAUAGAAGAUGCUAACAAAGUUUUUAACUCAAUGAGAGUUCGGGACGUGAUUACAUGGACUGCUCUUAUAGUUGGUUAUGCUCAAAAUGGUAAAGGGGAGGACUCAAUUAAAUUUUACGAGGAGAUGAUUGCAAGUGGCACAAAACCUGACUUUAUUACUUUUAUUGGAGUACUAUUUGCUUGCAGCCAUGCUGGUCUUGUGGAACAUGGGCGCCGGUACUUUGAAUCAAUGGAUAAAAUAUAUGGAAUAAAGCCGGGACCCGAUCACUAUGCCUGUAUGAUCGACCUUCUAGGGCGCUCGGGGAAAAUGGAGGAAGCCAAGGAAUUAAUAAAUCAAAUGGUUGUGGAACCUGAUGCAACUGUGUGGAAAGCACUGCUGUCUGCAUGUCGAGUACAUGGUAAUUUAGAGCUGGCAGAGAGGGCAGCAAUGACCCUCUUUGAAUUGGAACCUCGUAAUGCCAUGCCUUAUGUUAUGUUAUCAAAUAUCUAUUCUGCAGCUCGAAAAUGGGAAGAUGCUGCAAGAAUAAGAAGAUUGAUGAAAUUGAGGGGGAUAAGUAAGGAACCCGGUUGUAGUUGGAUUGAGAUGAAUGGCAAAGUGCACACCUUUAUGUCUGAAGAUAGAAGCCAUCCAAGGAUUGACUUGAUCUAUAUGAAGAUUGAUGAGAUUAUGGUAUUGAUUAAGGAAGCUGGGUAUGUGGCAGAUAUGAAGUUCGCACUCCAUGAUGUAGAUGAAGAAAUUAGGGAACUCGGUCUCACUUAUCACAGCGAGAAGUUGGCUGUUGCAUUUGGGCUUCUCUUUCUGCCACUGGGAGCACCAAUUCGGAUUUAUAAGAACCUCCGGGUCUGUGGGGAUUGUCAUUCUGCCAUGAAAUUUAUAUCAAGAGUUUUUCAUCGGCAUAUCAUUUUGAGGGAUUCAAAUUGUUUCCAUCAUUUUAGAGAUGGAAAUUGUUCCUGCAGUGAUUAUUGGUAGAAUGUUUUAUCUUCUGAUUUGUUUACUCUCUGAAUUCCUUUGAGGAAUCUGUCGAAUUGGUUCUGCAGCAGCCAUACCACUUAAAAAGAUCAAAAUCUGAAGGUGCUGGAAUUCAGCAAAGCUAAUAAGCCUUAAUCUUAUGGAGCUGAAUGAACAAUGUAAACCAGUUUGCUUUCAUAGAGAUGCUGCAACGAAAAUUGUUAAAUUUGAUCUUCCAAAAUACUCCAAUGAUGAUGAUUUGGGGAUAAAAGAUCUGUCAGGUGCGCUUAUCAUUUAUAGGCACAUACAUAAAUACAGACGCCCACACACAGCACACAACCCAGCUACAUCAAUUGAAAUACACAGCACUGUUCUAUUUCUGGUGCUUGCUUUGCAGGUCUCAGACACGCACUGUUAACAUGUCUGUAUUUGUUCAUCAUGACUUGUUGUAAUUUCAGUAUAAGCUUUGAAGGAAAUUGAUUUCCUUCCUAAAAUUUUGUAUAAUACUUAAACUUGGAUAACAGAAAAGCUUCACUGUUGAAAACAAAAGAUGUGUACGAGUAACUGCAAACUUCUCGUGGGCCUCAAGUGCUUGCUCCUCAUAUUUGCAAUA